CAUCGAUAUUUCUUACGCAUUCCUAAUUCAUGUGCCGUUUUGCAUAAAUACAUUUCCAACAUUUUAACACAACUAUCAAACAUUAACAAUGAAUCAAUUUGAGAAAAAAGAAGUUAUACAAGCAGUGCUUAUUGCCGACAAUAAUGUGGAUCAACUCCGACCGUUUUCGGAUAAGAAUUCCACUGCACUGUUACCUUUAGUGAAUGUAUGCCUAUUAGAUUACGCCUUGGAUGCCCUCAAUCGCAGCGGCAUAGAAGAAGUGUUCGUCUACUCCAGUUUAUAUCUGCAAAGUGUGCGGGAGCAUAUUAAGGAAGGCAUUGCAUCACUUAGUUCUUGGUCGGUGAAUAUGACAGUGCAUGUGAUUGGCGGAGAAGGCUGCCGCUGUUUCGGCGAUGCUAUGCGCGAUUUGGACGCCAAAGCGCUUAUACGUGGUAAUUUUAUUUUACUAGGUGCGGAUGCAGUAACCAAUGCAGAUUUGCGACCAAUAUUUGAACAACACAAGAAAACUGCUAAAUAUGAUAAGGGUGCAGCGGCGACGUUGAUUUUUAAAGAAGCUGCAACUUGUAAUGUGCGCACUGGUAACGAGGUUAUGAUUGCAGUGGAUCGGCAAAACAAUCGUCUACAUCAUCACCAGCGUUUGCGCUUGCAUGGUAAAGAAUCACAUUUCGAGGUCCCAUUGGAAGUAUUCCUUAACAAUUCAGAAGUGUCGCUACUUCAUAAUUUAAUCGAUCCGCAAAUUGCUAUUGGUUCGCCAUCCAUGCUAUCCUUGUUCAGUGAUAAUUUCGAUUUUGAAACUCGUGAUGAUUUCGUGCGUGGCAUACUUAUUAACGAAGAAAUUCUCGACAGUCGCAUCUAUGUUUCACUGCUGCCGCGUGGACAGUAUGCGCGUAAAGUGAAUAAUUGGCUGACAUACUGUAUGGUCAGUCAGGACGUGAUGAACCGUUGGGCAUACCCACUAGUACCCGACAUGGGUAUAAAUUGCCUUGCGCAACAAUAUGUUUACUUGAAAAACAACAUCUACAAGAGUCGUAAGUCGUCAGUCAUAAAAGCGGCGCUGAGAGAAAAUGUUGCAGUGCAGGCGGGUAGUCACGUGGAAGCUGGUACUUCCGUAAGUUGCAGCGUUAUUGGUAAGAACUGCAAAAUCGGCAAGAAUUGUGUGCUCGUAAACGCGUUUCUCAUGGAUGGCGUGCAAAUUGCUGAUGACUGCAAAUUGGACUGUUGCGUUAUAGGAUUUGGCGCUAAAGUAGGUGCCGGUGCAGCGCUCACCGAAGGCACAGUGGUGGAUGCCAAAAGUGUCAUACCAGCGGGAAAAGCACUCAAAAACGUUGUCAUUAAGUGUGCGUUGGGCGAGGACGACGAGUUGGUGGAAAAAUUGGGUGAACACGCGUUUGUCAUAGACGAUAAACAGGAUACACAAUCUACCUAUGCAUCCGAUUCAGAAGACGACGUGCUACCCUCCUCCGCCACCGGCAUACCGAAAGUGGCUAAAUUGCCAGCAAUUUGUGAUGAGAGCGACUACACAUCGAGCAGCGACGAGGAUGAGUCACGUGCGGUCACACCACUAGUCGACGACACAAAUAUCUUUUUGGCGGAAGUGAUGGACUCCCUCGCACGCGGAUUCCAGGAGAAAUCAAACCCAGACUUCCUUAUUUUAGAAAUAAACUCUUCACGUUAUGCGUACAACAUGUCACUGAAAGAGGUGAAUUUCUAUGUGGUGAAAGCUAUAUUCAGUCUGCAGGAUAUCAAAGAGCCACCAAAUCAAAAUGUGCUCGUAGCCAUUAACAACAUAUUGAAGCAGUUGGGACCUGUUAUGUCAAAUUACAUAAAGACUGAUGAUGCCAUGUUGCAGUGUCUGCGUGCAUUGGAAGAUAUCUAUGAGGAGAAUGAAUAUGUACGCGCCAAGAUCUCGAAAGUAGUACACUACUUAUAUGACAAAGACUUUGUGAGUGAAGAUGCCAUAAUAUCUUGGUAUGCUCAACUCGAUGUUGACGAACACCGUACGCUGCGUCAGAGCCUCAAGGAGCUCAUCGAGUGGCUCAAUCAAUCCAGUGAAGAUGAGGACGAUGAUGACGACGAAAGCGAUUAAAACACAGUUGAGCUGCUAAGAAAACUAGUUAAGUUUAUUUUUAGUAUAAAUACAAAGAAUUCAGUAGACAUGAAAGAGCCGACAAAACAAAAAAAAAUUUGAUUUUAAAAACAAAAAAAUUAAAAUUGUCUAAUUUAAACAAUAGUAAUUGUCCCAAUAUUACUGUUAAAUUAAAUUAAUUCAUUAACAUUUUCUUUAA